AGAGGAGAGGGGGAGCAGGCACAGUCAGUUCUGAUAACAGCAACAGUAGGAGGAGGAUGAGCCGUGGCACCGCCCCUCUCUCCCACAGAUAUAAAUAGGAGCCGGAUUUUUUUGCUCUGCUCAUUUCACUUGAAGGAUGAGAUCCCUGAAACACCUCAAACAUCACACCAGGAACAAUGUGGUGAGUGCCUCUCCCGCCUCUAACCCGUGCAGGCGUGUGCGUGCGGCUCAGGUGAAGGUGUUGAAGCAGGCGGAACAGCAGCAGCAGCAGCAGCAGCAGGAAGAGGAGCAGGAGCAGGAGCAGGAGCGGGAGAGACCUUCAGUCUGCAGCCCGUCUGAAGUGAUGGAGUCGGGGCCUGAGCAGGUCCAGCAGCCCCCUAAGGCCCAGCCGGUGGACGUGGGCACCCAGACGGACCCGGUGGUGGUGCUGUCGCUAGCCCAAGCCGCCGUGCUGGGCCUAAUCUCCCAAAACGAGAUCUUCGGCGCCACCAUCGCCCCCAACGGCUUCUACACCGGCGAGCUUCGCGAGCAUGUUUUGCUCUCUUCUCCUCCGCCACCGCCGCACCACCAACACCACCCACACCAACAACACCACCACCAUCAUCACCACCACCUGUCCCUGCCCCCACCCCCGUCCGAGGCCCUGGAGUACGAGUACGCUGCCGAGAGCACCCUGAUCGGCGCCAAUGGGGACUACCUGGCCCUUCCGCCGGGUGGAUCUGAGGAGAGAGGCCCGCGGAGACGCCCGGGACCACGGGGCAGGAUGCGCCGACCCCGCGGUGACAGCGAGGUCGAGGGGGCCGGGGGUGACCCUGAGGACCAGGAGCCGGCCAACAAGAUCCAGAUCCGCCACGCCCACACCCCAAUCAGCGUGAAGGGAGAGGGGCCCGAGCACAUGGCACUGCCAGCUUGCGCGGGAGGGAGCCCAGGCAGAGGCGAUCAGCCCAUGGACCUGGCGCCCCAGAGAAGGCCCCUGAAGGAGGAGUCGUGCCGCAGGGACUGCUCUGACUGUGUGAGGGGGGGAGGAGGCAGCAGCAGCAGCAGCAGCAGUGGUGGUGGUGGUGCUGCUGGUGGUGGAGGCAGGAGGGAGAUGGAACCGCGGUCCAAUCCGGGACGCCCUGCCGAGCCUGGCAGAGGGGCACGUGAGCGCCAGGAGGGGGCACGCGUGGGUAAGGUUGAGGAGAUGGACGAGGGCACCGAGGAGGAUCAGGAGGACAUAGAGGAUGAGCGCAGGCCCAGAUCGCUCCUGAAGAGCCCGGGACAGGAGAACGAAGACGAGGAGGCCGCAGUCGCCGGCAAGGUCGAAGAGGAUGAGGAGCAGGAGCAGAGCCACGCGCUGCGGCGCUAUUAUGAGUCCAGCGUGGUGGGCUACGAGGCGGCCGAGAUGGGCCUGCAGGGGGACUACGAGGAGGGGGGGCCUGGGGGUGCGUCGGCGCAGGCUGCCGCCAUGCUGUGGGCGGACCAUCCGGACGGCGAGGCCUCCCUGGGCCGGCGUAUGCAGAUCGACCGAUUGGACAUCAAUGUGCAGAUCGACGAGUCUUACUGCGUGGACGUGGGCGAGGGCCUGAAGCGCUGGAAAUGCCGCCUGUGCGAGAAGUCGUACACGUCCAAGUACAACCUGGUGACGCACAUCCUGGGCCACAACGGCAUCAAGCCGCACGAGUGCCUGCACUGCGGCAAGCUCUUUAAGCAGCCCAGCCACCUGCAGACUCACCUGCUGACGCACCAGGGCACGCGGCCGCACAAGUGCACCGUCUGCAAGAAGGCCUUCACGCAGACCAGCCACCUGAAGCGCCACAUGCUGCAGCACAGCGACGUCAAGCCCUACAGCUGCCGCUUCUGCUCGCGCGGUUUCGCCUACCCCAGCGAGCUGCGGACGCACGAGGCCAAGCACGAGAACGGCCACUGCCACGUGUGCACGCAGUGCGGCCUGGAGUUCCCCACGCACGCUCACCUGAAGCGGCACCAGGCCAGCCACCAGGGGCCCGCCACCUUCCAGUGCCCCGAGUGCCACAAGUCGUUUGCCUACCGCAGCCAGCUGCAGAACCACCUGAUGAAACACCAGAACGUGCGACCGUACGUCUGCUCCGAGUGCGGCAUGGAGUUCGUCCAGAUCCACCACCUGCGCCAGCACGCGCUCACGCACAAGGUACUCGCACAGCAGGCCGCCGCCGUCGCCGCCGCCACCGCCGCCGCCGCCGAGCACAAGGGCAUGAAAGAGUUUAAGUGUGAGGUGUGUGCGAGGGAGUUCACCCUCUCGGCCAACCUGAAGCGCCACAUGCUCAUCCACACCAGCGUGAGGCCCUUCCAGUGCCACGUCUGCUUCAAGACCUUCGUACAGAAGCAGACCCUCAAGACUCACAUGAUCGUGCACCUGCCCGUCAAGCCUUUCAAGUGCAAGGUGUGCGGCAAGUCUUUCAACCGAAUGUACAACCUCCUGGGACACAUGCACCUUCACGCCGGCAGCAAGCCCUUCAAGUGUCCUUACUGCUCCAGCAAAUUCAACCUGAAGGGCAACCUGAGUCGCCACAUGAAAGUCAAGCAUGGAAUCCUGGACGGCUCGCCCGAUGGACAAGAACCUCUGCCUGAGAUGGAAAGUCAGGAGGACUACGAUGAGGAGGCCUUUGAGUUCAGCGAGCGGGAGAACCUGGCCAGCAACAACGCACAAGACCUCAGCAAGCUGGCCGAGAUGGCCUACUACAGCUAUGGCAAGGCUGCUGCGCGCUACUCCAUGCCCUGAGCCACACACCCUCGUCUCCUUCAAAGAGUAUGAUCUAGGUCAAUUUGAGGGAAAUGUUUGUUUGUUUGUUUGUUAAUGGGACCGUCUUGGUCCCUUGCACUGGAGGACAGAAAAACCUGUGAAAUUUUAGUUUGGGUUUUUUUUCUUCUUUUUUUUUCUGGAUUGCCAACGAUUUGUCAUAUCACCUUUCAUAUGUCAUUAUUAAGCCUCCCAUCUGGAAGGACUGUUAUGUGUAAAAACGUUUGAAAUCCGCCCCCCCCCCCCCCCCCCAAGAGUCAUGUUGAAGUCCUCGGCAAAAGCAGUUUAAUUGCAGAGUAUUCCUGAGGCUAAUGCAGACUAUGUGUAGUGAAACAUGUACAGCCAUCCUGAGGCACUUAACAGACGGACAAUCCACGGCUCUAUCCAAGAGAGGUCUAUUGGGAAGCCAGUCAAGUCCUCCCAUCCAUGGGCAUUUGGUUCUGUUUUGUUUUUUAUUUAAUUUUUUUUUCCAUAUUAAAGCACAUUAUUAAAUGAGUCAGUGGCACCCCUUCAUGUCCUCUGCAGUGUUCAGCACAGUGAGUUGCUUGGACAUACCAAAGCUGACUAAACGAAAAUGGUCUCUUAUGUUUUGUUUUUACUAUUUUUACCCCCACUUUUGCUUUAAAGUUUUUUUUCCUUCUUUUAAUUUUUUCCCACUCAAUCUCUGUCUGACACACUGUGAUUAUCGUUAAAAAUGACAUUUUCUGCAGCUAUUCCGUAAACCUUUUGAGGAAACAAAAAGCAUGUAUUUUUUGGAUAUGUAAACUCGGUGAACUGUAUGUUUCUGCUUUCGGUGUGUUUUAUGAGUGACUUCUUCCAGUGCCUGGCUCGCUCUCUCUGGGUGCUAGCCCAGAGUCCUGCUUUGUUUGUGUCGCAUCACCCCCAUGGCCUUGUGAAACCACUGUGCAGUUCCUCCCACUAUCACCAUUUAACGGAACAGAGAGGAGCCAGUCCUCCUGGAAACUGUCCAAGUUGGAAAAUUACGAAUUACGAUUCUAGAAUAAUUGGAAUGGCCGGCCAAAUGGUGGGAACAGUUUAAUCAUGCUUUCAUUUCCUUGGAGUAUUUUUUUUUUUUCAUUCAUUUCAUCUACAGCAUAUUAUUUUUUCUUUCUAACAAAACUUCGGUAUCAUUGCGACUGUUUUGAAUUCCAUUGAAGGUUUUUUUUUUUUGUAUACGAUGUUUAAAUCUGAAUGUGUUCCAUAUUUUCCACCUCUUUUCCACCUCUCCCUGGACUUAUCCACCAGUAGACCAAAGAGUCUGACCGCUAUUUCUCCAUGUUACCAAUCCCAUCUGCCUGAGAAAGAAAAGAGGGGAGAGAGAGGCCUCCUAUAUUAUUAACACUCCUGGUUGCCUGCCUGUCCUUUCCAGAUUUUUGAGCUUAGCUCUUCUGUAGCCGACUGUCAGCCAGGCUUCUAAUAUUUCAUUUUUAAUGAGGUAGAAGAUCUUGCAGGCAAAUAGACUGAUUGACUGACUGACUUGACUGACUGACUGCUGCCAGCGCCUACCUCUCUCCUGUCUGGCGCGAGCGGCUGCCAUUACCUAGCCUCCGCAUCCACCACCCCACCUCCUGUCUUUCCAUUCUUAACCUUCAUGCGACAUAAAAUCUUAAAAUAACAACACACGCCACUUCUAGAACCCCCCCCAUUUUUUUUCUUUCUUCCCCUUUCUUUUACAGAGGAUGAACCCCCUGAAAAGAACUGCCCUGAAAACUUUGGACAGAAAUAUUAACUGCCCUUGUGUGUGCGUACGAGAGUGUGCCAUCCAUCACGGUGGCACAACGGUGUGAAGUGAUGAACGACAGGCUGCAGACAUGUGACAGGGCCAUAGACCCAACAGAGAAUGAUUGGGGGAAAUGUACAAUGUAUUCUUCAGCUCCUCCACCCUCUCUGCUUAAGCUUUAUGCUCAACAUCGGCUGCCAGUGAGGCAUCCAUGCAAAGAAUUGAGAAAAUAAUGUGGAUUAUAGUACAAAAAGAAAAAAAAAAGCCAAACGUGAAUUUCAUUUCCAUUGCAGCUAUAGUUUUAUAUUUUGUUUAGAUAUGGAAAAGCUUUUCUUUUUUUGCACAUUGAUGUGAAUAUGCUGUUGAUAGAAUUCUAUGUUAAAUGUUGUGUUUCAAACAAUAUUGUAAAUUAAUACAUUUAUUUACCUUAAGAAAAAAAUCUGGUGUCCAAGUGUUGAUUGAUGAGACAGAGAUGGAAAUAGAUCCAAACUUCUAAGAAGAUUUAUUAGACAGGUUUUUGAAAAGGCCCAUAAAAUGGAUCAUGGUAAUAUACAGUAUGAGGCUACGGUACAGUACUUCAUCUUACAAAAAUAAAGAACCUUGGAAAUCCAGGGAAGGUCAAAUGACAGGCACUUGAUAGGGGAAACAGCAGGAACUUUUUCCCCCUCUUCACAACACACUAUUGACUACUUUUAGCUUCUCGCUUCAGCACAUAAUGUAUGUGGUUUUCAUGACCUUUUAAGUUAAAAUGAGGUACAAAAGAUGAAAUGAAAAUGACACCACUGUCAAUUCUUCUCUGCUUCACUAGUCCUUCAUUUGCCCAGUGCCUUGUCCAGGUUGGCCCUGAUGGCAUCCAGGAAGUCUGUGGUGUUCACAAAGUGCUCAUUCAGCUUCACUCUAGAAAAAAAACAGAGGAGAUCCAGUCAGGUUCACAUUGAUGCGUUCUAAUCAACAUGAAAAAUAAAAAACAUUUGCUGAUAA